CUCCCAUUAGUUCUUGACUAGUUCGUGGUUCAGGUUUGUAUUUCUGAUCUCUUUAGUAACCAGAGUCAUGUCAGCAGAAGAUACUACUGUAACAGAUGAACAAAAACAGUUUUCGUUCGAAGAGAAAUUGGAGUAUAUUGACCGGGAGAUUCGAAAGUUGCACGUAUUCUGUGUGAACGCUGGAUACAGCCCCGGUCAGAUUGACAAACUCGCUGCCGUCUUCCACAAGAAUGAAAAAGUUAAAAAGGAGAAAUGGAAUCGUCGCUUCCUCUGGAUUGCAGUUUUUGUUGCCGUCACUGCCACACUUUUCUACGUUGACCCAGUUUAUCGCAUCAUGAGUUCUGUCACCAGAAAAACGGCAAUAUCAAUACUUCCUGUUUGGGACUGGACUCGGCUUUGGAACCAGAACUGUUUGAUAGAUAACCCACUGUACACAGCCAAUCAGUUAACAACAGAUGACUGUCAGAUCUGUGAAGGCUUGCAUGAAAUUAAACGUCUCCGGAACAUCUCAGCUGAAGAAAUUGUCCACAAGUAUUUGAGAAGAGAUAUUCCUGUGAUUGUCGAAGACGGCACCAGAGACUGGCCGCAUGAAGACUUGUACAGCAUCACAGCUUUGGAGGAGGCGUUCAACACCCACCCAGUGUUACGGCAGUAUGCUAGUUGUAGUUUCACCAGCAACAUCCGAGUCAAGUACGGAAAUCAUCGUCACUUAAUUCAGCUGGCCGCUAACAAUGAAAUCAAGGAAUAUUUUGCUCACUGGGAAAACUGCUUUGCUGAGGCAGGGAAGGCCUUUCGUACAUUCUACAAACGACCGUACUUCUUUCCACGUACUGUUGAGCUGGCCAUGAGUAACUGGCUUCUUUUGUCAUCAAAUUACACUGGGAGAAUGGCCAAAAAGAUACAGAUAGGUCAGCCGAUGAUGGCUCUUGCUCAGGUCAGUGGCAAGGUGGAAGUGUUUGUCCAGCCACUGGAGCCGUGUGAACGCAUCUGUAGUAAACUGGCGAUGGUGCUUCGGGCUGGAGAAAUCUUGGUGACAACAGACUUUCUUUGGUCUUUGAACUAUCUUCCCAUUGGAGCCAACUACAGUGUUACGAUUGGCAUCGGAGGAUCGUUUGACUGAAUACUCGCAGCAUAUUACAUUCCUUACAUUCAAACAAUAUUCUCUAAACAUGCAUGCUGAAUUCUUAGUCAGUAUUUAUUGUUAGUCACACAGCAAUCCAAAGUAAUCUCAUUACAAGCUGGUAUUGUUUCUUUUAUUGGUGUUUAGCAUUUUGUCAUGUGUACGUGUUUUGUGGCAUGCAUUUACGUUUUAUAGUAUGCAAAAUAAAAAUCUAGAAAAAGCGUAA